GGAAAACUCUUACCAGGAUUCAUCGCCUGAAAAAUAGACCCACCGACCACAGAAAUAGCACGGUUUCUUUAGCUGUGGACUACUGUCUCUGCUUUCUCUCUAGGGUUUCCUUCAAUUUUCAACUUACCUUCUACCUAUCUCUCUAAAAUCGCAUACUAAACUCAAAUGUAUAGCGGUUCCAGUGAUGGGGAAGGUCUUGAUGCAUCAUCGGUGGCGUCCAGGAAGAUUCCGCCGGCUUCUUCGAUGCUGUGGGUCCGUAACCUCCGCCGUUUCAUCGGAUCCGGUGCUGGUCUUGGCUCUGAAGCUUUAAUGGAGCUUGAAACAAAAAGAAUCUUGCUUGAUAUCUUUAAAGAGAAGCAACAAAAGAGUGCUGAAGCUGGCUCAAUCCCAAGUUUCUAUAAGAAGAAACCUGAAGAUGGUUCCAUUAGUUCUAGAGUCCAGAGGUUGGCAAAGUUUCGUUUUUUAAAGAAACAAUCUGAUCUUUUACUGAAUGCUGAUGACCUGGAUGCCAUGUGGGUUUGCUUAAGAGAAAAUUGUGUCAUUGAUGAUGCCACUGGUGCAGAGAAGAUGAACUAUGAAGAUUUUUGCCACAUUGCCUCUGUAUGCACAGAACAAAUAGGCCCGAAAUGUCGCCGAUUUUUUAGCCCAUCAAAUUUUAUGAAAUUUGAAAAAGAUGAAUCAGGAAGGAUUGCUAUUCUGCCUUUUUAUCUCUAUGUAAUGCGCACGGUUUCUCUUACUCAAGCAAGAAUUGAUAUGAGUGAGCUUGAUGAGGAUUCUGAUGGUUUUCUUCUACCUCAUGAAAUGGAAGCUUAUAUUCGAGGUCUUAUUCCUAAUUUGGCUCAAUUGCGUGAUAUGCCUGGAGCUUUUGUUCAAAUGUAUUGCCGAAUUGCUGCACCCAAAUUCUUCUUCUUUUGUGAUCCCAAUAGACGAGGGAAAGCAUGCAUAAAGAAGGUGCUGCUUAGUAACUGUCUUCAAGAGCUAAUGGAACUGCACCAGGAAAGUGAAGAAGAAGUUACAGAUACUGAACAGGCUGAAAACUGGUUUUCCAUGACAUCUGCACAGCGUGUAUGUGAUAUGUUCCUUGCACUUGAUAAAGAUAUGAACGGAACACUGAGCAAGCAAGAGCUUCGAGAAUAUGCAGAUGGGACGCUCACAGAUAUUUUUAUCGAGAGGGCUUUUGAUGAGCAUGUGCGUAGGGGUAAAACGGGAAGAGGAAAUGCUCGGGAGAUGGACUUUGAGAGUUUUCUUGACUUUGUUCUAGCCCUUGAAAACAAAGACACUCCAGAGGGAAUUACAUAUCUGUUCCGAUGUUUAGAUCUUAAUGGAAGAGGCUUCCUUACAACAGCUGAUAUUCACACCCUUUUCAGGGAUGUGCACCAAAAAUGGAUAGAGGGUGGAAAUUAUGAGUUGUGCAUAGAAGACGUACGGGAUGAAAUAUGGGACAUGGUGAAGCCGGCGGACCCACUAAGAAUCACACUCUCGGAUUUGUUAUCAUGCAAACAAGGUGGAACGGUUUGCAGUAUGCUUAUAGAUGUACGUGGUUUUUGGGCACAUGAUAACAGAGAAAACCUUCUACAAGAAGAGGAAGAACCAGAAGAAGAAUCAUAAUCAUUAACUAUGUCACAGUUAUAAAAAUAACCAUAUAUGUUAACAUAUCUUGAUGCGCUGCUUUUUAGGACAAUCUCUCUUUGUGUGUGUGUGUGUAUCUUAUGUAAAAAUGACAUGAUUACAAUCUGGAUUUCAGAUGUGGACUUUGUAUAUUUGUGUGAGGGAAAACUUGUGAUUCCAUCUUUUGAGAUUUUAA